AUGGGCAAACGCCCAGGUACUCGAGUUGGUGGCCUUGCUAGGUUCCUCGAACCUGCAAGCAACACCGAACGGCCGACAAAGAAGCAAAGAACGGACUCUGAAGUUCAAUCUUGGACAUGGAUCAAGAAAUACGAUGCUUCCGGUCUUGUACCACACUACCAGGAUGAGGCUGAUGUUCCAGAGCAUCUUCAGAAAUACUUCGCUCAGCGAACGCGAUUUUUCUCUUUGUACUCGUCUCCUCCUGGUUGUUUACUUGACGAAGAAGGAUGGUAUAGUAUCACACCAGAACUGAUAGCAGACCGAAUAGCAGAACGGUGUCGUUGCGACACCAUUUUGGAUGCCUUUUGCGGGGUAGGUGGGAAUGCCAUUGCAUUCGCUCAAACUUGUGAACGAGGUUUGCUUUCCCAAGUGAGCAUUUCGCAGCUGACGAUCCAAGUCAUUGCUCUAGACAUCUCUCCCACACGUCUGGCUCUGGCACGGCAUAACGCGCAGAUAUAUGGAGUCGCUGACCGUAUUGAAUUCAUUCUCGCGGAUUACCUGGCCUUCGCCAGUUCUUAUCUAUCCCAAACCCACAAACAACGCAAAAUCGAUGUCGUUUUUCUUAGUCCUCCGUGGGGCGGACCUGGCUACAUCUCCGGAGACUUAUCCUCACCAGUCAAACCUGAGGUUGGCACAGAAACAAAACACCCCAACUACUCCCUCGCUUCCAUUAAGCCUAUAAACGGUACAGAGCUCUUCCAACUUUCAAGAAGAAUUACACGCAAUGUCGCAUACUAUCUCCCUCGAAACACUCGCAUUGAUGAGAUUGGGGCCUUGGUCGUCGGUCCUCCUGAGCGAGAAAUGGUGGAAAUCGAAGAAGAAUGGAUGGGAAGCAAGCUCAAGGCUCUGGUGUGCUUCACAGGCGGUUUGGCAAAUGGACAACCUGAAUUGUUUCACGACAUCUCAAUCUGA